AUGGAUACUGAUAUUCUAAUAAGUGAUAAAGACAAUCUUUACGACUUUGCCUUGGAUGACUUGAACAAUGACUGUCAUUGGUCUUCAUUAUUAAAUUCAGCAGAUGCAUCACCAAGUGAGAUACUUGCUGAUGCAGCACCCAGCCUUGUUUCCCCAAUUUCACCUAUUGCCAGCUUAAAAUCUUCUCCAAAUGAAAGCAGUAACUCAGAUUCUGGUAGUGAAGAUGAUACAAAAAAUUCUAGAUCUACAUCAGUUAGGGAUUCAUCUCAAUCUCCUAAUGAAUGGUUGUCAAAUGAUUCUGAAGCUGUAUACCAGCUUAAACCAGAGGAUGUUGAAAAGUUUUUACAAAAAUCAGAUAAUAUUGAUGUUGAAUGUACAAACAAUGCACCAAUGAUCAAGAAUGUCGAGCAAAAGGUACCCGUAAUGUCAAUAGAAAAUGGCGUGAUAAAGGUGAAUGGAAUCGGUAGUUAUGUUAAUCCAAAAACUUUAUGCUCACUUUCUUCUAAAGUUAAAGGUACAAAUCAUGGCUCAUAUUUCAAUGUAAUAAAUGAGCAUUUUAAUAAUGGAAGGAAAGAAGAAAGGGAACAGGCAGUUUCUUACCAAAAAGCAGUAUCCAUAAAAAGCCAAUGUAAUCCAAUAGUAAUUUUACCUAAUUGUACAUCACAAGUCACAAAAAGCAGAGUUGCUGCAUUACCACAAAAGUUACACCAUGAGGGCUCAAAUGGUUAUCAGAUAAAGUCUCCUAGAAGUCAUAUUAUGUUAAGUCCAAACUCUGUUCAAGUGGAAUCAGCUUCAGAAUGCAAUUCAACAAGUCCUAUCUUAGAAGUUCCUCAGUUUAGUGAAGCGGAUAUUAAAGCGAUGAAGAAACAGCAGCGUAUGAUAAAAAAUCGAGAGUCAGCCUGCCAAUCGCGCCAGAAAAAGAAAGAAUAUGUUACAGCAUUAGAACAACAAUUGUUAGAGGCACAUCAGGAAAUAGGAAAGUUACGACUAGAAAACAAAAUACUUAGAAAUCAACUGGAAUCAAAUGGCAGGAUUCGAAAGAUACCAAGGCUAGACACGUCAUUGUUAAUACCGAAAAAGAACAUUGCUGUUAUUUUCGCUAUGGUGUUCAUGGUCUCCUUAAACUUUAAUAUGUUAGGAUGGAAUUCCAAGCCAUUUGUUGGACCAACACAUUCUCAUGUUGGUAAUCGGCAUUUAUUAUGGGCGGAAGAUAAUAAAGAUGUAUCUUUAGAUUAUGAACACUUAAACCGCAGUACUGAUGGUAUUGACUGUCAAAAUAGUACAAUGUUUGAGAAUAUUAAUCAGACUGAGAGCAUACGAAUCGUAGGAGACUUAAAACGUUGGAUCCGCGGCGGGAAGACCUUAAAUUGGACCUCGGCGCCCAAAAAGCGUAGAUAUGUCAAUGAAGAACAAAUUAAUGGUGGCCUGUUAGGAGCGUACAACCUAUUCAAUAAAGUGAAUUUGGAUGACUUUGUCGAAUUUCCCACUAAAAACAGCAAAAAUAUUCGCGACAAGACGCGCAUACGGCGUUUGCGAAGAUCAACGGAGAAAGAUAUCGAAUUCGAUGGAUUGUAUUAUGAAAGACUGUAUAAUAGACAUAUAAGGAAGAAUAAUGAAUUUAACGACUUUGGUGAAUGGAGUGAAUUGCUUCAAGCCUUGCAGCGACGUGAUGAUACAUUUUACGUAGUUGGUGUUGGUAAAGGAGAACACUUGUUGUUGCCAGCUGUGUCACAUAACGUCACUAGGCCGCCGAAAAUGGCGCUAAUAUUGCCGGCACGGGGUGCUAAUGAUUCCGUAUUAAGCGAUCACGUAACAUUGAUGCAAAUUGACUGCUCAGUUGUCAACACAACUCUCGUCAAACUGAAGUCUGAAUCAUUACCGAAGAGCCUACGGAAAACAAAAAAUAAUGCAACAAAUACAUUCUAUGAAAAACCUAAGGCGAAUAUACCAAUACCUGAAACUGUACAAAAGUUCAAUAAUUCUAGUCACAUAGAGAAAGGUUUAAAGGAUUCCUUUGCACAGUUACUAAGUAAACCAACGGGUAAUAAUUCGGAAUCGAUUGUUGAUUCUCCGCCACAGAUUCCUGUAAAUAGUACAUUGUAA